AUGAGCAAACAAGAACUCAGAGACUUGAUUUCUGCAGUUCAGACCCAGAAUAGGUCGCUCGUAUCUCUCAUCGAUGACUUUAGACGUCGUCGGCAAGAAUUGCAGAAGGAGAUCGACGCCCUUGAAAAUCAACUGACACGAAGUAUCCGUCUUCCCUACUUGGUUGCGUCGAUUUCUGAGGUUCUCUCCGUGCGUGUUGAAGAUGAGGAGAAUCUCAGUCUUCCUCCUGAAAAGCAGGAAUACGAGGAAGGUGUAAUCAUGUCAACAAUUCAAAAGAAGAAAGUGUUCGUCGCCAGCAAAGGAAUGCUCUACGGCCAGGAAAUCCACCCAGGCGACCUCGUCGGAAUCAACAAAGACACAUGCAUGCUCUACCAAUUGCUCCCCACGGAGUACGACAAGCGCGUCAAGGCGAUGCUCCUCGAAGAGAAGCCCUCCGACGACUACACCGACAUCGGUGGUCUGGACAAGCAAAUCCAGGAGCUGCAGGAAGCGGUGGUGCUUCCGCUCACGCGUCCCGAGCUCUUCACGGAGCUGGGAAUCCGCGCGCCGAAGGGCAUUCUGCUCUACGGCCCGCCCGGGACGGGGAAAACGCUGCUGGCGCGCGCGUGCGCGAAGCAAACGGACGCGGCGUUCAUCAAAUUGUCGGCGACGGUGCUGGACCAGGCGCAUAUCGGCGAGGGAUCGCGCAUCGUGCGGGACUGUUUCUCGCUGGCGAAGAAGAAAAUCGAGGAGAAGCAGGCGAAGGGGAGCAUUAUCUUCAUCGACGAGCUGGACGCGAUUGGAAUCAAGCGGAGUGGCGACGGGGAGGGAAGCCACGAGGUCCAGCGAACAUUGCUGGAAUUGCUGAAUGCGAUGGACGGCUUCAGCAGCGACAGCCGAAUUAAAGUUAUCGCGGCGACGAAUCGCCCGGACAUCCUGGAUCCCGCCUUGCUGCGCUCCGGACGAUUCGAUCGCAAGGUGGAGCUGCCGAACCCGAACGAAGAAGCCCGCGUGAAAAUCCUGCAGAUCCACUCCAAGAAACUGGUGCUGAAUCGGGAGAGCGUGAAUUUCGAGGAGAUUGCGCGCUGCACGGAGGAUUUCAGCGGAGCAAUGCUGCGAGCGGUGUGCGUUGAGGCCGGAAUGCUCGCGCUGCGUCGAGGUGCGUCAGCGAUCGAACACGAAGAUUUUAUGGAGGGUAUUGGGCAAGUAGCUUCCAGGAAGAAGGCAAAUCUUAUGUACUAUUCGUGA